CCCUUUGCACUGCAAUCAGUUGCACAUCAAAAAUCCCGACGUGGUAAAAAGGAAGCUUACUCGCAUAAUUGCACUGGGUAAGAACAACCUUCAGGUUAUAUCUGACUUUGACUGGACGUUGUCGAAGUUCUAUCACAAUGGCGAACGUUACCCCUCCUGUCACGGAAUUUUUGAGCAGUCUCCCGAUCUGACACCGGAGUCGCAGAAGCAGGUAAAUCAUACGAGAUCGUCUAAGUUGAAUCACUUUCAACAGUUACGUAUUUUGCGACAGGCCUAUCGCCCGGUUGAAAUAGAUCCGACUGUUCCAGUUUACUUGAAGAUUCCACUCAUGUGGGAGUGGUGGGGUUUAGCGCACAAAAUGAUCGCCACGUCCAAUAUACAUAAAGACACACUUAAAGCAACUGUUAACCAAUGCAAUCUCGCUUUAAGGGACUAUGUAGGAGACUUCAUAGUACAGCUGCACAGGCAAAAUAUUCCCAUGCUGAUAUUUUCUGCUGGCAUUGGGAACGUUAUAGAACUUCUUCUGGAACGUUUUCACCUGCGCUUUGACAACGUUCGAGUAUUCUCCAACUUCAUGGACUUCAACGCUGAGGGCCUCUUGGUUGGAUUUGAAGAACCUGUAGUCCACACCUUCAACAAAACAAUCUCAAGUAUUUCUGACAGUGACUACGUCAAUAAUGUUUUGUCCAAACGUUCCUCAAUUAUUCUGCUGGGCGAUUCGCCGGCCGAUCCAUCCAUGGCGGACGGCAUUCCCAGAGAAGGUGUGGAUUCCGAUGUAAACAUUUUGAAAAUCGGUUACCUUAACGAUAACAUCGGAGACCUGCUGGAUACCUACAGGAAUAUUUAUGAUAUAGUCCUGGUAGAGGAUGAGACAUUUAAGAUACCACUGGAGGUGCUGAACUGCAUCGUUCAUUCGAAAUCCCUCGACGUCUGA